AACAAUAUGAAUUGCUAGAUGAUAUGUUAUUUUCCAAGUCAACAUAUUUUCCAAGUUUUUACAUAUGCAUUUUUCACCAUACAUUUUCCCCACAAUUCUAAUUUAUAUCCCAAGAAGUAUGUAUUUGAUUUCACCGUGGUUACCAUAAUGAAAGAUCUAUCUUGAAAUGGAAUGGAAAAUGUGGACUGUGUAAUGAUAACUGCAGUAUUCACAGGAAUAAUGGAAUCCCAACGUUAUCCUAUCCUAAUCCGACUGCUACCAUGCAUAUUUUGGCAAAAUGGCAUGAAAAUCCUGCAUGCCUCUUGAGUUUUCCUUUUCAGUGAGGUACCACACUGCUUAUUGGCUUCUGAACACACAAUUUCCUGUAUCCUGCUUCCUGGGACAUUACAGGCAUGCAUAACUUUCCCUUUGGUAACUAGAGAUGGGAUUAUAUUUCUCUGCACAAAUUGAUAAAUGUGCACAAACAAAACAAGACAGGAACAAUCCCCCCCCCCCAUGUAUUUAUUUAAAUUUCACUUUUAGAAGAUGCCUUUGAAAGGGCUUAUUAGAGAGUAGUUUUUUUAAAUAAAUAAGCUCCCCAGAAAAGUGAAGACUCUAUUCAGAGCUUACUUUGUAAUAAAAAAACAGUCUUACCCUCAAAAGGAAGUCUGAAGUAUGUUGCAUUAACGUAAUACACCACAAAAAUGAAACUUAAACCAGGAAGAAACACACUAUCACUCUUCUAGCUGUGAGUUAUUUUAUUUAUGCCAUGUGCUUGAAUAUGACAAAACCCGCUCUCCUCAAGUUAUUAGUGGUGAUAAUGAUCAUGUUCAUUUUAAUUUUGCCAGAAUAUUUCAAGACAUCCAAAGUUUACAUAAAUACUACACUCCCUGUGUUUGUUGAUUCAAAAGGAUUUUUCUUUCUUUUUUUUUUUAAUGCAGGAAAUAUUGUGGAACUCUCCUGUUUUGACCUUAGUUCACUAAAUAACUUCACUUAUCCACUCCCUGAAUUCAAUAUUUCUUUUGUGAGCUUCCUACAACAAGAAAGGGAACGCGAAGUUAUUGUUCUGGGAAUUUCUGCAGACCACUUCCCCUUUCAUAAUAUAUCUCAGGUCUGUCCAUUAACCCCCAGUGAAUUACAGCUGUAUUCUUCAUGUUUGGUCUGUGAAUCCAAAGGAAAUCUGGAUUUUAUUCAUCAGGAAUUGACAACAAAAGGUAAUGGAAAACUGAAAGAAGCAUGGAAAAUGGAAAGAAAAUUGCUUGGGGGUAAAUUAUCUUUAAAAUUAGAUACCCUGGGUCAUGGAAUUAAAUGCCAGUCAGCAAGAGACCUGACAAUACAGCUUCUGAUCUUAGGAUGGAAUCUUACCAUUGGAGCGUACUUCAAAGGCUCUGUAACUUCCAUAAUGAAUGAGUCCGUAGAGAUGAAAGUCAAGCAUUUUCCUCUACUUCCUGUUCUUUUCAACUUCACUCUGGUUCCGGCCAUGGAAGACCUGGGAGGACACGCCACUACCUGUUUCCUAAAACUCAGUGUUAGAAACUCGAGCACCAGGAGAGACUCGGCAAUGGAAAGCAGUGUGCAAAGUCUAAACAGCUGCCGUCAGGUUUCUCUGCAACUUGAAAUGGAGAUAGGAACUCUUGAAUCAUUUUACUGUACCUUUAAAAAUGUUUGUUUUCUACCUCCCCUAACAGAUUCUAUUUGUAUCAUGAGGAUUACCUGGUAUGUUUUAGUUCUUUCAGUUUUCAUAUUUCUGAUCAUCUUCAUUGUUCACAAAAUAUUCCAAGAAAAAAGAAGAGUUCAGAUUUGGAAGAAUCAGACAUACGAAUCUGCCUCCAUUUUCUUAAAAGGAAAUGAUUCUGAGAAAUGGAGAGGAAUGCUAAAUACCCCUGUUGUUUCAGGAGCCACCAAGGAGAGAAGGUCCUCUGCUUUUACGGGGGCAACAGAAAGACUUCCUCCCAUUUCAGAACUAGAACAUUUCUCUACAGUGAAUGGGGAAGAUCAAUAUACACAGUUACCCUUUUGAGGAAAUAAAAGGAGUAGACUGGCUGCUCUGGACAACUUAGACUUGAUUCCCCAUAAAAUAUCUGUGAUUUUUCUUCAUUGGAGAAUAUGGACCUUGCAAAUAUAUUGGAACUUGUUUAGUGUACUCAUGAAUGCAGUUAAAGAACUGAAAAAAAAAACCUGCUGAAAAAUAUCUAAGGAAUCACUUGACCCUUGGGAAGAAGGGAAUAAUAGAUAUUUCUUCAGUAAGCUCAGUCAUGGAAAAAACUGAUGAAAUGUGAGAAAUGCUAAGAGAAUUCUUAUUACCUUCAUUUAUUGAUCAUAGCACGAGUGAUGAUGACAUCAAGAUUUAAUUUUGAAGAACUGGAAAUUAAACUUAUAUUAUUCCAAGAAAGAUCCAUGAUUCUGAGUUUUGCCUCUUCUCACACUCCGAAUAUGAGUUUAUUAGUCUUCAAGAAGACUGCAAAUGCCUAUUUCUGUGUUUAAGCUUUUGCAGACUGAUGAAAUGGAAUUGUUCCUACUUGGCAAAUUAUUUAUGGGCUCCUCUGUUGUUUAUUUAUAAAUCUAUUUGCAUUUGUAAAUCUCAUCAAG